GCGAACAUUUUCCUUGUAAAACAAAGGGGGGCCUAGCGAAAAGGGUUUGGGAACCACCAUCUGGCCUCAAACGUCAUAAAAUGGCUUUUUUUGCUCAUUUUUUCCAGCAAUGAAUAGAUUUCCUGUUUACACCCACAUCAAAACCCAAACCCAUUGCUGUUAGAUUUAUAUAGAAAUUUGGUGAAAUAGAGUCUACAAAUGUGUUAUAAGGCAGCGUGUUAGGAUGUGAUAUCAUGGUUUCUGCGUUGCUUAUCUUCGGAUAUGCCGCCGUCUUCAUAGUGCCCGUGUUAUCCUGUCGACCAAAGGAGUAUAAGACAAAUGACGGACAGUGCUGCCCGACGUGCAACGAAGGUACGAAGAAAAGGGACGACUGCAAUGAAACUCUUUGUAGUAGAGUUGUUCAGAGAGACUGCACAGCAUAUUCAGGAACUCAGUGCCGUUCGUGUGACCUGGGGACUUUCAUGAACCAACCCAACGGCCUAUAUAACUGUUUCCCCUGCACAUCCUGUGACACAGGUCAUGGUCUUUUUGUCAAGCAGAAGUGUACAGCAACAACUGACACAGUGUGUGAUGUUUUAAAUGGAUAUCACUGCAAAGGUUUUACACACAGUAACAGAUGUAGUUUGGCAGAGAAACAUUCACAGUGUGCAGCUGGUCAGAGAAUAAAAGAACCUGGAACCAGCAGAAGUGACACAGUGUGUGAAGACUGUCGGCCAGGCUUCUUUUCCAAGGACGGUGUGAACUGUACAGCUUGGAAAACUUGCUCAAACAGACAGAUAAAGGUCAAAGGAAGCUCAACCAGUGAUGUUGUCUGUGGGAGAACAUCAAGUCAACAUUACUUUGUGUUUUUACCUUUUUUGCUUUGCUCAGUAGCAUUUACUAGCCUCGUAACAGGUUAGUGCAUCGUCUGUAUUGUGUUGAUUUUUUAGUUUAAAGCCUUAACAACACAGUGUUGCCUUUUUAUUAUUGGUUAGGGGUUUUUUUUUUUCCUGCUGUAACACUAAUUUUCUUUGUGUAAUAAUAAACCAAAGAAAAGGAAGGAAGGAAAAAAAUUUCUUUUUACAAAGAAAAUUGAACUCACUAACCAUGAGCAAUUUAUUUAUACCAUUAAUAGACUUUUAGCUGGGAAGGCCAGAAGACCCAGCAUCGACAACUAAAUAGGUGCCGUUGGAUCACGGUCUUGUUCCAAAAGGCGAUUUCUGGUGUUUCUGUAUGUAUGUGUAAUGUCUUUGUUUAUAUUGGAAGGUAGACUGUAGUCAAAACGAUUUAUGAAGGAGUUGUAUAUAAAAUAAAGAAAUUACCUGUUUUGCAAAUAUCUUUAUGACUGCGUUAUUGUACCCAAAUUAUAAUCUGGUUGCUGGCCACUUAAAAUGUCUAAAAAACUAUUAUGUUAUAUUUGUUGCAAUUUCUUUUAGCCUCUUGACCCAACGUCUCUUUAAAAAGACAUUUUUAAUGUCUAUGAGGUUUUUUAACUGGAUCCAUGAAGCAUAUAUAAAAGUCACUUUGUCAACAACUGAUUGCAGCUUCUACCCUGUGAAAAAAAUGUUGUUUGUGGUUCAAAAUGACUCGAUAUCAUUCAUGAUGGAAACAUUUGACAUAUUUUUUUUACACAUUAUAGGCCAACAGGUCAUUUAUGACAGUUUAAACGGGGGCAAUCACUUUUUUGGCACCACAACUAACCACAGAAAACAGAUGUGUCCAAAGUCAGAGGCUGUAUUCACUAAAAGUGUAAUUUAGUCACAAAGGACUAAGAUGUAGAGUAUGACAUUAAACAGUGCAGAAAUGUAGUGUAUCCUCUGUACUGUGUGUGCUGAUGGGCUUUGGUCUGAAGGAAAAGAGUUCAUGUACAGCAACAUCAGAUAAAGUCUGUGGAGGGACUUUACUGAAUCUGAAGGUGUCCACUGCAUGAAGACACAGAAACACAGGAGCUGUAAACCAGGACACAUCAGCCAGAAUGGUUGAUUCUCUUGCUACAAGACAUAAAGUACUAAGAUGAGCCUAAUAUGUAAUAUAUAAAUAAAUCAUAUACAGUUCUGUUCAGUCUUGUAUAAAGUUAUUAAAAUCAAACUAACAGAU